GGGUUAUGUUUCCAGAUCUGAAGAAUUUGCUUUGAGAAAUCCAAACAGAGGAAGAUCCCAGAUUCCUUUAGAGAAAGUACUGUUAAUUGUAUUAUGUUAUUUUGGUACACAGGAAUCAGCACAAAGUAUUUCUGACAGAUUUGGAGUACAACAGUCUACAUUUUACAAGUACCAAGAAAAAGUGAUGGACUAUUUUUGUAAUAUUUUAUGUAGUCGGUUCAUUGUGUGGCCAAAGGAAGAUGAAAAAAAUGAGAUCAUUAGAAAUUUCCAAUCAAAGAAAGGCUUCCCGGGCGUUAUUGGGACAUUGGAUGGGUCACAUAUUCCUAUUACACCACCAAUAGACAGACAGGGAGAGUACAUCAACAGAAAAGGCUUCCACUCAGUUGUGCUGCAGGCAGUCUGUAGGCAUGAAAAAAGAUUCACACAUAUCUACUGCGGUUGGCCAGGGCGAGUACAUGACGCCAGAGUUUAUCGGAACUCUGAUAUUUACAGUAACCUUAAUGAACUAUGUGGACAUAAUCAUAUUCUUGGAGACGGAGCAUACCCAAAUAGUAGAUGUCUUUUGACCGCAUACAGAGAUACUGGUCAUUUGACAGCACCACAGAAAUUGUACAAUAAAAUACAUUCUAGUACAAGAUGUAUAAUUGAAAACAGCUUUGGAUUACUUAAAGGAAGAUUUAGGCGUCUCCAGCAUAUUAAUAUAUAUAAUAUUGAGAAAGUUGUGAAAGUGAUAGUGAGUUGUUGUGUUUUGCACAAUAUGUGCAUCAUGAAUACUGAUGAGUUAGACGAUAUAUAUGACGAUCAUGUGGAUGAUAAUCCAGAUUGUCCACUACAAUAUCGCAUUGAAGAUGCUGAAGGAACACUGAAACGUAUACUUAUUACAAGACAGUUGUCAUCUUAA